AUGAGUAUGAUGGGCCAGUUGCUGAAACCAAAGAUGACAGAAAUUACGGAGAAAUUAAGAGCGGAAAUUAAUAAGGUGGUCAACAAAUACAUUGAUCAAGGAGUGGCAGAGCUUGUUCCAGGUGUGCUUUUUAUUGAUGAGACACAUGGAAUUCCUUCUGAUCUUUUGGCUCGUCUUUUAAUCAUUCCUACAAAUGCGUACGAGGCGGAUGAAAAUCAAGAGAAUCUUCGUAUUCGAGUUACAGUUGAAGGUUUAGCCAUAACUGAAGCUGCAUUAGACAAACUCACAGAACAUGCGCGAGUAAGCGGACGCAAUCAAAUUGAUGUCCAGGAUGUAGGGGAGUGCGAAGAUUUAUUCAUUGAUGCACGGAGGAGUGCAGCUAUUAUGAACGGUGAAGCUGGUAAUGGGUUCAUUUCAUAA